AUCACGCUCACGAGACAUCAUGCAGGAGGAGUUAAGGGCCGCCUAUGAUGCUGAGCACGCAAGAUGGGAGGAAGGAGAUGAUGAUGAUGAUGAUGAGACACAGCCGCCUUCUGCAGACGAUUUGGUCCAAGAAACCGCACCAUCCAAUGAUGGGCGUGCAGAAGAUUCAGUUCGGGAAACCCCAAUAUCCAAUAAUAUAAAUAAAAAACGUGGAAUAACGCUAAUGCAGCGAAUAUGGGCUCUUCCACCGAAAAAGAAACUUGUAUGUGGGUUAAAUGGGAGCAUGCAACCGGUUGGGGAAAGCGGGCAAACAUUCAAAAGGUGGUUGGGCACCUUAUGCAUCUGCCGCAACUAUUGCCCACUUAUGCCUGCUACUUGGACGCAUGUCGACCGUAAAUGCAAAGAAGACGCCUGGGUAGAGAUAGAGAAAAAGUGGAUCAUUGACCCAGAAAUUAUCAGACCAGCUAAUCAAAUGAACUGGGCAAUGCACUUAUUAGGGGAGUUGAGAAGGAACCGAAGGAGUAAGUUAAAAAAAAAUGCUACCCAAAAGAUGCGUUAAAAGAAGAUGUUUAUGAAAAGAAGCCAUCUUGGGCUGACGAGCAGGACUACCGCGCACUAGUUGACUAUUGGUUUGAUUCUAAAACGAAGGAAUUAGUGGAUACGAACAAGAGAAGUCGUUCGUUUCAGACGGAUAUAGCGAGGACAGGGCCUAUAAGUUUUGCACAAACUGCUGACAAUAUGGCAAAAGAAAGCGGCCAAGCAGUGGAGCGUGCAGAUGUUUUCAUAAAAGCAUACUGCACGAAAGAUGGGACUCCUAUUAGUAAUGAAGUGUGAGACAAGAUUG